AUGAACCAUACAUCCAUCACCCAGGUCGUCCUGCUGGGCCUCACCAGCCACCGAAGGACACAGAUUGCCCUCUUUGUGGUCAUCUUCAUUGCCUAUCUGCUCACCAUGCUGGGGAAUCUACUAGUGCUGAUGCUGGUCCAGUUUGAUGCCCGUCUUCACACCCCAAUGUACUUCUUCCUGAGCAACCUCUCAGGCCUGGAGAUGAGUCUCAUUAGCGCCAUUGUGCCUCAAAUGUUGGCUCAUCUGCUUGAGGGGAGUGGAAGCGUUUCUUUCUAUCAUUGCAUAGCUCAGACGUACAUUAUUUCUUCACUGGGUUGUACUGAAGGGUUGCUUCUGGGUGUCAUGGCCUAUGACCGCUACUUGGCUAUCUGCUGCCCCCUGGUGUAUGCCGUGGCCAUGAGCAGGGGAUGCUGUAUCAUGCUAGCCACAGCUUCAUGGGCCUGUGGUUUCUUUUUUCCUGUGGUGUUCACUCACCUCAUCUUGAAACUCCCUUUCUGUGGUCCCAACCAUAUCAACCACUUCUCUUGCACCCUUCUGAUGUUACUGAGACUGGUGUGUGCAGACAUUCGACAAGUUGAGGUCAUCAUCUUUGUGGUCAGCAUUAUUGUCUUCCUUGUUCCACUCUUGGCCAUCCUGACCUCCUAUGGACUCAUCCUCAUGUCUGUAGUGCGCAUGAGUUCAGGGGCAAGACGGAGCAAAGCCUUCUCCACAUGCGCCUCCCACCUGAUGGUGGUGACUUUAUUUUAUGGGUGCCUCAUUGCCGUCUACAUGAGACCUCGGUCAGGCACAGACUCCAGCCAUGAUAAACAUUUCUCUAUCUUUUAUGUAGUGAUCACCCCCCUUCUCAAUCCAGUCAUCUAUACCUUACGGAACAAAGAUGUUCAUGCUGCAGUAGCAAAGGUUAUCUGUAGAAAAGUGGCUGAACCCAAGGGCUGA